GAAGGAAACUGCUCUAUACGGCCUUGCCAUGUAGUACUAUGAUGAUAAUGGCUGCAUAGAGGAGCUUUGACCGAUGUUGCUCCGACUGUUAUGAAUCAAAAAUAAUGCCUAGCGCCUUCGACCGGAUGGCCCACGCGUCGGCCCUUGGUGUCGCGGAGAGAAGCGCAGACUCAACGUUUCUCCAGGAUUCGCUCUCUGCGCUCGGUGAGUACUACACAACUCUUAGCUCACCCACGCAGGACGCAGUGGAGUCUAGAGAGGAUGACGAGAGCGAGAAGCUUGUGCCAGAGCAUAAGUCCUGGUCGUUUGAAAAGUUUGGUGGUGACACAUUAAGAGCGCCUGAUGUGUUAACCGAUCGAAAUGACGAUCAGGUCGUCCGAGACUCCGCUGACAGCGAGCACGGCCAGCUUUUUGCCGCAGCAAGCUUGCUGAAAUCGAUGCAGCAGCAAGAAACAAAGAAGAAGGAGGAAGCGCUGUGGUUCUACAAGGUAACUUGUCAUUUUGGUCGUAUCGUUUUCUGUGCUUAAAGGAAAGUAUCAAGUACACCUUAAUAAGUACAACAAUGUGGAUGAUGUAUUGUAAGGGCACUGCCAAUCAUCGUAAAACUCCUACUAGUGCUAGUGCGAGGAAUGUCUCCGAAAUUGCCAAAAUAGGCUUGUACAGUUUUUGCAGGCCCUCUAAUUUAGUCUGUUUUGAUGUUCAAAAUACUAUCUGUCGUAAUCCAGGAAAGAUGUGAGCGACUCGAGGGACAUUUGGCAGAGUUAGCGAUACGAACCGGAGAAAGCCGAAAACACGUGUUCGCACAAUUUUCUCAAGAACGCAGCGUGUACGAGCGUCGCAUUGCGGAUCUUCAAGCAGCACUGGAGCAACAGAGCGCCGAAGCGCAGGCAAAGGCGAAUGAAACCGCGAAAAUUCGUCGAAGCGGUAAAGAUGUAGAACGGCCUUCCACACCCGUGGAGUCCUCAGGCUCAGGCACGUCUUGUUCGGUGACAAACCACAGGUGUGAGAAGCCGUUAGGCGCCGAUGCGCCGACCAGCGAAGAAGCAAGACCAGGGAAUAGAAGUGCGCUCGUCAACGAAGCGUCGAGCGCGAGCGCAUCCCGCGAGUCUCUAGCCAUUGGCGAGAAGUCGCGUGCGCGUACCAGUGCCGAUUAUUCGCCGAUUUGUUCCGAAUCCACUACGAAAAUGGCAAGAAUAGAUGUUGCAUGCUCUGUGCAUGAUGAUCUUGGAGAUCCCUCAACCUCAGCGUCGAAAAGAGCAAUUCUGUCCUCGCCACCUCCUGAGAAGCGCAGGCCCUCGGGUUCCGAUCUGCAAACAUCGUCAUCGCCGCCAGAGAGUGAGACGCCGGACAAGACACAUGAGGGAGGGCACUUGCAGUCUUCUUCGGCCGCGCAACAGUUCACCACAGUUCCGUCACCGCCGGCUGCGCCAACACUGCUUGAGAAGAGUUUUCUGCUUCAUCGCGAGCGCAUCCGACGCGCUAGGCUGCUCGCUGAGGGGAACAGCAAUCGAGCAUCAACAAGAACACUGGCUCCGAAAAAGGCUGCAGGUGCGCCAUAUGCAGCUCCUGGUAAGCCUCUUGAUGGGUCCUCACCUGGCGAGACGUUAAAAAGGAGUCCGAGCUGCAGCAGUCCGCUCGGAGGGGACGGUGGUGGCUUCGCGUCCAUGCGCGUACCCGUUGUUGUUGACGUGCGAAAGCGAGAGCGCACGCAGCAUACACAGACAGAGACAACGGCCGAAAGCGCGUGUGGCGUUCGUGGACACUCGGGUGCUAGGGCGGCAGUGAAUCCUCGAGCUGCUAAAGCCAAGGCAAAGACGACCGCUUCACUGGGAAAGGGCAAGGGGCGAUCGGCUUCGCGAACACCAUCGUCUACCUCGGCUCAGGACAAACGGUUCAAGCCUCCAGUAAGAGGACCAAGCAACCGCGGUACUGGUGCUGGCACAGAGAACAAGAAGGGGAAGAACACGAUGCAUCCAAUCGUCAAUCCGAGUUUCACGAUGCAGCGUCAGGCUAGCAUCAAGAAGCUGGGUCAGCUGCCGGACAAUGUGCCCACCCGAAAAGGCGGCAAGAAAUUGCCUCACCGACAUCAACCAGUCGAUGAUGCGAAGAAAAAAGGUGAUAGCGUCGUUUUCUAUGAUGACUUGUCUACCGAUAUUCCAGAUGCUGUGAGCAGAAUUAACAAAGUAGAUGCGUUUGACCCGGCGAAUCGAGGCACUAAGAGGGGUAACUCAAACGGAAAAGGAGACAUCGCGAAGUCUCGUCUGCGGGCGUCGAUACCGCUGCAAAAUAUAUCAUCUCCAGAUGAAACGCCUCUCGCGCCACUGCCAUCAUUGACUCACACCGAGACUCGGCUUAGAUCAAAGCUAACGCUGGUAAGCAGGAUCAUAGAGUUAGAGGACGCAGUCGGGCCGAAGAACACGGUAUGCUCUCCGCACCCUUCUGGUGUGUGGCAACAUCAUCGCGGCAGUAAGGAGCCGCUCGGCCCGUCUCCAGGAGAAGCAAGUCCGUGCCCAAAAAAGAGCAACUGGAAUCAGCAAGACUGUCGAAAAGCACUAGAUUCGCGAAACAACGACCGCUUGACUGACACAAGCACGAAAUCGACAACGGCCUCUACCGGAGGAGAUGUCGGAACCGAGGAGCGUACUUCUCCCUGUCCGCAUGAUUAGUGAGUAUUUGUGAUUUCUAUUUCACAUAUUGAACUAGAGCUUGACACUUAAUACAGCAGAUGCUUGUACGGCUUCCUGCAGAUCAGUACCCUUUUGGGUUUUUUGAUCUCUGUUUUCUCACGUGCCCUGGGACAGGUUUCCUACCGGGGUCAGCUGGUGCAAAUCAUGGUGGAUCCGCGUUUCACUCCUCGCCACGACCAUUAUGUACAAGUACUCCAGCCAUCGUGCCUCCAUUGCGAAGUCAAGGUGAACCGCUUGUCGGUUUUAAUCAAAGUCCUCGUAGCGGACCCGCGCUGAACGAAAUCCGAUUCGACCGAGCCACUCUCCAUUCAGUCAUGGAGCGGCAGCUACUGCCUCCGGCACAAUCGAUGGCGGGUCAUUUCGGGGAGGCAUCCGCUUCUAGGGCCACCUUUCGUGGUGAGCAGCUAGUGAAGAGUGCUGUGGAACUAGACCACCGUAUGGUAGAUGGUGCUACUUCUUCCUUUUACGCUGGACGAAGUUACGAACACGAAGUCCAGGAUUGGCCGCGAUGGCAGGGUGGCAGCACGUGGCCAGGAUCGAGCGAUGAUGCUUGGUACCAGCGUCAGUGUGCGCCCCCUGUACCACGAACCCAGUGUAGUUUGCCAACUCGACCACAGAUGCUGGUACAGCACGGCCAGUUUUCAGAGAAGCUUACGUGGCGAAUCCCUAACGCGACGGCUGUGAUUCGGGAUCAUCCAAAGGGAAGCUCCUUGUUCAGUCCGACAUUUCUCUACGAACAGUCGCGAGGAUGUAGAUGGCGCAUCGAAUUCGACUUUUUCCCCAAUAGCACAAUGACGGAUUUUACUCCGAGACUUGCUGCAGGAGCAGUUGGCACAUCGACCAAGCACGUUGCCGAUCCUGUGAAAGUUAUGCAGGAGUUUCCACCGCCACUAUCUACGACCGAUAGUCCAACCACCAGCUGCUUCAUUCAAAGCUGGUAUGAAGAUGAAGAGGCGCCAUCGGCAUCGGUGGCGCGGAGCACGACUGAUCAUGCGAAAUCUACUGCCACGACUGUGGCAUCUCAGCACAAUCCAGCUGUACCACCCAGCCUCAAAGAGGAGCCGCACGCCGCUGCUGGCACUGGCACCACACUUUCAGAAAAGGCUGCAGGCGUGAGUGUGAUUCCCACAACAGACGGGCAUCUGGAAGUUGAAGCUGGAGAUCCUGCUUCGAAUAGUAUGAGCGUACUGAUUGCGCAAUUUCGAAAGCGCAAUUACGAUAUGCUCCGACAUGCAGAGGAACAGUUUUCGCAAGCUGGAGGACCAGCAGGAUACGAUGAGCCUUUACGGGCUCCUUUUCCCACGUCCAAAAUUUCACCUCAGAAGUCCUCGUACUUGGCGAGUGCCUCAGGCCGUGAGUCCUCAUCACCACGCUUUCUCAAUUGCGCUCUUCGGAUGCGUGUGCUGUCAGCGGAUAGGGAAGUCGAUACCCCUGCGUUACAACAGCAGCAAUCUCUAGCUAUCGUACACCUAGGAGCGUUGAAAUCCGACCCUUGCGAAAUCAACGGCCGAGCGGGGUUCGAAAGCCUUUUCUUUUUCGAUCGGCGUGGUCAAUUAGGCGGUGACGAUUGUCUCGAUGUGGCGGUAAGCAUUUUCCUGGACAAGGAUCGCUGACUUGUUUGCGUAUAAUGUUAUCAAACAAAUAAAGCCACCACCACGUGCUCCACGUUAUCAGCAGUGUGACGGAUAGUAAAGCCGAUAAACUUUGUUACUGUUGUUUGAUCCGAAGGAAUAGUGGAUAGCUUUGGAGUUUGCAUGUCGCAAGAGAAAGUUCAGAUAAUGACUCCUGUGAUAUCUCUGACUCUGAAGAACUUUCUUUUCGGCGUGAAAAUUCGGAUUCAAGAACUUUCUUUCAUCAUAAAUACUUCUUGUUCUUGUACUCGCCUAAUAUUCAAGUUUUGUCCCGAAUGUGCAUUUCUGGUAUCUUUCUAUAGUAAGCAUGAUAACUCAGAUGAUUAAAACGUCUUAGUCAUUUGACGAUGGAACAAGAUGUUUCUUGCUAUGUAUAUGUUGACUCCUUGCAUGAAUAGUGAUUUGAAUCUUGCUCGCAGAAGUUCGUGUUUUCUAAUACCAAAUAGCAAACGUGAUUGAUGUGGCAUUUCGAUGUGAUUACUGCAGCAGUGGACGGCGCUACGACUUUACAGGCGUAUGGAUGUAGUUCUUUUGCUUUCUCAUUGGAUGCGGUGGAAAAUUCCUCGGUGCCAAUUUCCUC